AUGAUCAGCAUUCGGCAGCAGUCCUCAAGCAUCGGCUGGCAAUGGUCCUCAGAUCUUUUGAAAUUGUCUACACCUAUUCGAAGUUCAAUGCAGGCCGACUUUAGACAAUUGCGUCAUAUCCAACGAGCGACACGAGCAGGUGUAUCUCAUACGCCAAAACCUUCCAGAAAUGGCGUGUCGAUGAAGGGGACAGGUCGUCGAUCACAAAAAGGACAACCGGCUCAUAGCUGGAACCAACCAUUCUCGCCACGUUCAUGUUCCAUCCCUACCAACCAUCUAAUCUCACGGAGAGUCACAUACAGCACUGCAUCCACUAUAUCUACGGAGCCUGUAAUUCACGAUAUCUUCGAACCCACAUCUGGAACAUGGCAGUAUCUCAUCGCCGAUCCGUCGACAUCAACAGCUGUCAUCAUCGACCCAGUUUUGAACUAUGAUCCUGCCACUCAGGCCGUGACCACUCAGACAGCCGACUCCUUGCUCUCUCUUAUCAAGGGCAAGGGCUAUAAGAUCGACAAGAUUCUCGAAACACACGCUCACGCAGACCAUUUGUCUGCAGCAUCUUAUCUCCAAAAGCAUCUUACCCAGCAUCAAGAUCAUAAACCGCCCAUCUGCAUUGGCAAACGCAUUGAACAAGUGCAAACAUUGUUCGCCGAAAGAUAUGGUGUCCCACGAGAGGAAUAUAAAGCCAUUUUCGACAGGCUUUUCGAAGACGAUGAGACAUUUACUAUUGGGAACCUUAAAGGAAAGGCUAUUCAUCUACCUGGACACACCCCGGAUCAUCUUGGUUACAUGAUCGGAGAUAAUCUAUUCUGCGGCGAUUCUCUUUUCCAUGUGGAUAUCGGCACUGCUCGCUGUGACUUCCCCGGUGGCGAUGCCAAUGACCUCUUUCGAUCGGGCCGCAAGCUUCUGAGCCUCCCUGGCCACUUCAAGGUCUGGACAGGUCAUGAUUAUCCGCCGGAGGGACGUGACCCCGUUCCCUGGGUGAGCGUUCAUGAUCACAAGAAGCUGAAUAAACAUUUGAAAGAUGGUAUCAGCGAAGAGGAGUUUGUGACUUUGCGAAAGGAACGUGAUGCAGGAUUAGCGGCACCCAAGCUGCUUCAUCAAUCUUUGCAGGUCAAUAUUCGAGCAGGUCACCUUCCUUCGCCGACGAAAUUUGGUCAUCGGUUGCUUCACCUUCCAUUGAAACUCACAGGGGAGGCAUGGUGA